AAGUAAAUUAAAAUCAAUUUUGAAAUGGUGAAAAAAAGCGAACGAAACGUAUUGCUAAAAACCAGAGAACACUUGAAAUAAAACUUUAAAACAAAUUGUUCUCAUUGAUAAAUGUACAUAUUGAGUUUAUAAUGUAAUUUAUAAAUAAAGAUGAAAUAAUUGUGGCAGAUUUUAUAUAAAAUUGAUAUUUUAUAAACCAUACAUAAAUGUAAUUAAGUAAAUACGAUAAAAAGUUGAUAAAAUUCGAACAUAUGUUCACACACAAAGCAACAACAACAACAAAUGCUGUCGAUGACGAUGUUGUCAUUUUAUGCAAGAUGGCGUUUUUGAAUAACAAAUAUCUCUGAUAACUGCUAUCAAAUGUCAGUUAUCAUUGUCAUUAAACGUUAAAGAAAACUUAUUAUAGUCUUUAGCCUAAAGUUUUUAAACAGAAAAAAUAUAUAUAUAUAAAAACGAAACGAAGAAAACUGUGAUUUUAAAUUUGUGAAACUAAUGGUGUCUUGUGAAAAUGCCUUCUGCGAAUACCGAAGAGUUGAGGCGAAAGUUUACAGUUGUACAACAGCAAAGAUCGGCUCCGCCUGGCUUUACGGGGACGACAACGCCGAUUGUGAAUGCGGCCGCAGUUUACGAUCCCCUAAAUGCCUCCGCCAUACCCUUAAGCAAUACAGCUGCCACAGCAGUAACAGCAACAGCGGGUCUAAUGACCCUGCAGGAGCCCGAACGUACGUAUGUAUUCCCGGGCCCCGGUGGUGUUGGUGGAAACGUUAUCGGUAGUAUGGCCACAAGUAGUAUACCUGGUGUAGCUUUUAUUAAUCCUAAUCCUCAUUCUUUAACGGUAACGGGCACCGGACGUGGUCACUCACGUUCUGUUAGCCAUGGUGGUGGUGCGAUAUUGGGCCCUAGUGGUCGACCCAUAAAAUCGGCUAUGAAGGGUCAUCAAAGAGCCUUUUCUCAAGGUCAAAUCACUGAUUCUCCGGGUGCAUCAGCUACACCGCGUGGUCAUAGUCGUGUGGGUUCGAAAACCGAUUUUAUUCUACCUCCUGGUCAUAAAGAAGAAAACGAAACCCGCGAAUUUGGCCCCUCGGCUCCCUCCUCCGCCGCUGGCCGUGGCCAUUCACGUCAGGCCUCCCGUUCCGAAUCGAUUUAUACCCUGCGUCGUUCCGAGGCUCCACCAUGGUGGAAACGUGUCGGUAUUUGUCGUACCGAGAAUCUAGAAGAACGUCCCUAUCGUGUGGUAGUGCCAAAUCAUACUGUACCCCCUAAAACACCCAAACGUGAUCAUCCGAAUGGUCAUUUUGUGGGCAAUAAAAUACGCACUACAAAAUACACUCUCCUCUCGUUUAUACCGAAAAAUCUUCUAGAACAAUUUCAUCGAGUGGCAAAUUUAUAUUUUAUAUUUAUCGUUCUACUCAAUUGGUUUCCGGCGAUAAAUGCGUUCGGCAAAGAGGUGGCCAUGAUACCGGUGCUGUUUGUUUUGGGUGUAACAGCGGUUAAGGAUUUGUUCGAGGAUCGUCGAAGAAGAUUUUCGGAUAAGAGGAUUAAUAAUUCAACGUGUCGUGUUUAUGAUGGCAAUCUGAAAGUUUUAAUACAGUGAGUAACAACAAUCUGUAUAUAAAUGUUAAAUGU